UUUUUCGCAUUUUCACGACUCACGGCUAAUUUUCAGCCGUCUCACGGCUCACGGUUAACCCCAUUGAGACCCUCUUGGAAUGGGUGGGCAUAACGAAGACCUAAGACCCAAAAACGAAGACCCCAACAAAAUCAAUUCAAAAUCGUUCCAAAAGUGCGUUAUGUCACACAGAACAUAACUAACAACAAAACACGAACGUUUCAAGAAUUUUUAAUAGGGUCUUCGUUUUGGACAAAACCCCCCCAAACAACCAAAACGAAGACCACCCUAAAAUCACCUUUAAAUCAUUUCUAACUUCCAGUACGAGCAAAGCAUGUGUAAUACACAUCAACUACAACAAGAAUAGCCAAUUUUAGGGCUUUUUUGCUAGGGUCUUCUUUUUGGACAGGCCCCCCCUCCCCCCAAAAAAUAUCCAAAACGAAGACCCCCUAAUAUGCCCAACCACAUUGGAACGGCGGAAUUUGAAAUCAUCGAACUUAAAAAAAUUCACGAUGUUGGCAGCAUUGUAAAAUCAACCGCACUGUUAUGCUGCUAAACAUAUAGUACGCUAUGAAUUCGAUCAUGUGAUAUAAUGCUGCAAACGUACAAACGACUCGACAAGAUCACACCACGUCACAUGAUGUCUGGAUUAUAAAAUGAGGCCUCGUAGACUUCAAGUGCGCGUCCAAAAUUAAGAGAAACGUUGUCCCAAAUGCGUAUAGAACUGGACCCAAUUACUUGUGUUGUAGCGAGAUAGGCUUUUCUUAAGUUUGCAGGGACUUUAAAAAGUCUUAAAAGCGAACGUAGAAGAACUCAACAUGAACCUUCUUAGAAAUCCCGGAAGUCAGCGAACAAAAUAUUCACGAUGUUGGCAGCAUUGUAAACUCAACUGAACUAUUAUGCUGCUAAACAUAUAGUACGCUAUGAAUUCAUGUGAUAUAAUGCUGCAAACUUACCAUCAUGUCCACGAACUGCAGACUCGACUAGAUCACACCACGUCACAUGAUGUCUGGAUUAUAAAAUGAAGACUCGUAGACUUUGUGCGCGUCCAAAAUUAAGAGAAAAGUUGUCCCAAAUGCGAAUAAAACUGGACCUUUUGCUUGUAGUUGUAGCGAAGCAGACUUUUCUUAAAUUUGCAGGGAUUUAAAGUCUUAAAAGAGAACGUAGUUAAGAACUCAACAUGAACCUUCUUAGAAAUCCCGGAAGUGACACCCAAAUCAGGAAUCUARGCACGUGACAUGUUCAAACAACACAGGAAGCCCACGACAUGAAAUUAUGUCACAUGACUUGUUUGUGACUUUGCGAAUACUGCAAACAAACUAAAAGCAUGCUGAACAGAGGAAUUUUCUUCGUUUGUAUCUUCGCAUUUGGCAUUUUUCCCUCAACAUCAAGUGUUCAACUUGCCAAGGUUGAGGAUCAAUCAUGUGAAGAUGGGGUUUAUCCACCUAAAGAUGUUCCUGAAGUAACAAGUGAAGUGAUUGAUCUGGAUGUAAGUCCCGGUGACAGAUAUAAUGACUUGGCUACAAAGAAAACUCAACAGGUACCAAAUGGGCCUCUAGUCUAUACUUUGCCAUCGCCGUACAAAGAGGAGAUUAUUGGUUUAAGCAAAGCCUCAGGAAUUCCAGUGGGGGAAGUUGUUUUGUAUAACAUUUUCUACGAAGUCUUCACCGUCUGCACGUCUAUUGUUGCUGAGAAUAAGAAAGAAAGGAGGCAAGACAUUGUACAAGACAGUUAGUUUUGCUGGAUAUGUUGGAGUCAUCACAGGGUUAAAGCCGGGUUUGUUCUCUUUGACACUGAAUGAAAGGUUCAACAUCAACGGUGGUUAUAUUGGAAUAAUUGAGUGGAUAUUUGGGAAAAGAGAUGCAAAAUGGUCCAGUUUUCUUUCAAGAGAUGUACUAGAGCACGCUAAUAGUUUUUCUGAGGCACAUGACAUGCUUGCUAACACGGAAGUGCUGGCACCUGUGUACUACAUCCUCGGAGGAAACAAAUCUGGAGAGGGUGUGGUUGUAACACGUGAUCGGACAAAAAACCUGCAGGAAAACAGAAUGGACCCUGCCAAAGGGAAAUGGUUUGUUUUACAGACAAAUUAUGACUUCUGGAAGCCUCCACUCUUGAUCGAUGAUCGACGAACACCGGGAACAUUUUGCAUGAAUAAAGUUGGCCAGAGUGAGAUCGGAUUCAAAGGUCUUUACAAUGUUCUCUCUUCACAACCAGUCCUCAACAAGUUGACAACGUACACAGUGUUGAUGCAGGUCAACUCUGGAGAGCUGGUGUCGUACAUAAGGAAUUGUCGCACCCCCUGUUUCCCCUGGUAAAGCUCAAUCUUUGCAAACAAGUAGAGCGAAGUAUCUGGGGGAGGAGGAAAAAUGAUUAAACAAAAUUAAGAACGAAUGCUCUAUUAAAUAACGCCAUAUUGGAAGAUAAUAUAUUACUAUUUUUCAUUCAUAUUGCAUGAAUUUGUUUUUGGUAAUUUAGUUCCAGCUCGACUGCAACUGCCAUAUUUUAUAUAUUUUUUGAUAUGUCUUUGUAUUUUUGCGUUCUUUUUGUAUGUUUUCUUCAGUGUCCUUAGCUACCAGUACUGGAAGCUAUAAGCGAAUGGAAAUUAUAUCAUUUUUCAAUAUCCUUUUUUGUGUUAUGUCAAAAGAUAGACAUAUCUGAUUAGUUGUUAUUUUUAGCUGAAACACUUUGUCAUGUUACUUUGAUUUGUAUAUCGGUUAAAAAGUGUCCUUUUAUUUCUUUUUCUUUUWUAUUUGUGUUUCCGUGUUUUUCUAUUGUGUUUGAGAAGAUUGAAUUGAAUGAUUCAUCUGUAAAAACAGAAAUGCACGCCAUUUUGUAAUUACAUUUGGAAAACAGAUAAACAUCAAAUCCAAUUUGUUGUACUUUGCUACGCAUUUUUUCACAAAUAAACAUAUAUAAUAAUAAAUAAAUAUAUCAAUUGUUAUAAGUGAAAUAUACGCAAUUCCAAUAAAAGAUACAACUAUCA